CUUCCAGAGAAUACGAAAACUGUGAACUCAGGAGACUCGGUUACUCCACAGGAGUCAAGAGUCACGAAUUUGCAAGCACACAGCCAUGCGAACGCCUUCCUGCUCGGCUUCCGACAGGAGAAACCGGGGCCGCAGUCCAAACAUUAAAACGUACAAAUUGGACCUAAAACUCAACCCCGGCCCCCAAAUUGCGAGCACAAACAUCCUAAGAGUUAGGCAGCUGAGGCCAGCGCCGCGACCACAGCGUGCACAGAACGCGCGGAACUAGGAAGAGGAAUCGCCAGCCCACCUGGGCGUCUCUGAUUGGUCGCCGGCUAAGCUUGGAACUCUGGGGCGUGUGCCGUCACAUCCGCCGGGACCGCCAUCUUGUUCCCAGGGGCAGUUGGCGGAAGAGAUCGCGCUCCCAGGCCGCCGGCUAGCUUUCUGCUUGGAUUUCUCGCGGCCCGCGAUUCGGCCUCUGCUCUCGACUCGGGGUCCAUUCGUCGGUGUCCCGGUUGCCCUCCCUCACCCGGCUGGGGCACAGCGAGGAGGCCCCAUCUUCCGACGGCGUUCCAUGGAGUAGGGUCCCGGACCGUUGUCCCGAAGAGCGAGAUUGAGCUUCGCCCCCUCCCCCUCCCUUCUCCCUCCCUCCUUCCUUCCGCCGCAACAUGGCUAACAACAGCCCCGCGCUGACAGGCAACUCGCAGCCGCAACACCAGGCGGCCGCAGCCGCGGCCCAGCAGCAGCAGCAGUGCGGCGGCGGUGGCGCCACCAAGCCAGCAGUCUCGGGCAAGCAGGGCAAUGUGCUGCCGCUGUGGGGCAACGAAAAGACUAUGAAUCUCAACCCCAUGAUCUUGACCAAUAUCCUGUCGUCGCCUUACUUCAAAGUGCAGCUCUACGAGCUCAAAACCUACCACGAGGUGGUGGACGAGAUCUACUUUAAGGUCACACAUGUUGAACCAUGGGAGAAAGGAAGCAGGAAAACAGCUGGCCAAACAGGGAUGUGCGGAGGGGUUCGAGGUGUUGGGACAGGAGGAAUUGUUUCUACAGCUUUUUGCCUGUUAUACAAAUUAUUUACUCUGAAGUUAACUCGCAAGCAAGUGAUGGGUCUUAUAACACACACAGACUCUCCAUAUAUUAGAGCCCUUGGAUUUAUGUAUAUAAGGUACACACAGCCCCCUACAGAUCUAUGGGAUUGGUUUGAAUCCUUCCUUGAUGAUGAAGAGGACCUAGAUGUGAAGGCUGGUGGAGGCUGCGUAAUGACCAUUGGAGAAAUGCUACGGUCUUUUCUCACAAAACUGGAGUGGUUUUCCACUUUGUUUCCAAGAAUUCCGGUUCCAGUUCAGAAGAAUAUCGAUCAACAGAUUAAAACCCGACCAAGAAAAAUCAAGAAAGAUGGAAAGGAAAGCGCUGAGGAAAUAGACAGACAUGUUGAACGCAGGCGUUCAAGGUCUCCAAGGAGAUCACUGAGUCCACGGAGGUCCCCAAGAAGAUCCAGAAGUAGAAGCCAUCAUCGGGAGGGCCAUGGGUCUUCUAGUUUUGACCGAGAAUUAGAAAGAGAGAAAGAACGCCAGCGACUAGAGCGUGAAGCCAAAGAAAGGGAAAAAGAAAGGCGAAGAUCCCGAAGUAUCGAUCGGGGGCUAGAACGCAGGCAUAGCAGGAGUAGGGAAAGACAUAGAAGCCGUAGUCGAAGUCGUGAUAGGAAAGGGGAUAGAAGGGACAGGGAUCGGGAAAGAGAGAAAGAAAAUGAGAGAGGUAGAAGACGAGAUCGUGACUAUGAUAAGGAAAGAGGUAAUGACCGAGAAAAGGAGAGGUCAAGAGAACGGUCCAAGGAACGGAGAAGUAGGGGUGAGGUAGAAGAAAAGAAAUAUAAAGAAGACAAAGAUGAUAGGCGGCAUAGAGAUGACAAAAAAGAUUCCAAGAAAGAGAAAAAACAUAGUAGAAGUAGAAGCAGAGAAAGAAAACAUAGAAGUAGGAGUAGAAGUAGAAAUGCAGGGAAACGAAGUAGAAGUAGGAGCAAAGAGAAAUCAAGUAAACAUAAAAAUGAAAGUAAAGAAAAAUCAAAUAAACGGAGUAGAAGCGGCAGUCAAGGAAGAGCUGACAGUGUUGAAAAAUCAAGGAAACGGGAACAUAGCCCCAGCAAAGAAAAACCUAGGAAGCGUAGCAGAAGCAAAGAACGUUCCCACAAACGAGAUCACAGUGAUAGUAAGGACCAGUCUGACAAACAUGAUCGCCGAAGGAGCCAAAGCAUAGAACCAGAGAGCCAAGAAAAACAACAUAAAAACAAAGAGGAGACUGUGUGAAAGUUUUUUGUAAAAGUGGAUCACAUUGAAUCCUAUAAAUGUUGGGUUAAAUCUGCUUUUUUUUUCCUCCCAAGUUGAGAUUGUGCAGUAGUUACACACUCUUCAAGCUCCCUGUAGGCUGCAUUUUCAUUUCCUCUUUUGUGUAGGGAAGUGCCUUUGUAAUCCCAUUUAUUGCAUUGAUGUUUUCACCCAACUGUUGAGUUUGAUACAUGAUGCACAGAUUGUUCUUGCAUUUUAUUGUUUGUUUUUGAGAUGUACAGUCUGUACAUAUGUCCUGAAAAUGUUUUAAUUCCGUUGGCAUGGUUGCCAUGUUGGUUAAAUUUGUAUAAGGCAAUAAAAUGCCACUAAUUCUAUUUUUGUUUUGUAGGUGUGGGAUUAUGGUUUGUGUACUGAAGUUAGCAUGACUGUGCUUUUCGUAAUAGAAUGCUAAAAACUAUGAAAAUGGAUCUUGGAUGUCUAUCAUAGGAGAAUUUCAUGCUUCAGUGUACAUGAAGGCAGCAGUUGUAGGAUUAACAUUCUUGUCCACUGUAUAUUAUCUUGGAAGGCUCUUGUUAAUAUGUUAAACCUAAUAUUCUCCACAAUUAACUUUAGAGAGAAUUUAGGAGAAGUUAGUUUCUGAUGCAGAGGUUUCAAUUAGGCUGUGAUUUGAUCAAAAGUCCUUUUAGCAUUCUACCUCAAAGGGACACUAUUAGUAUGCCUAAAAUUUAUUCACUUAGUUUUCCUUUUUUAUUUGAAAAAAUACAUGACAUGUAAUCUUUUUCUUGAAUUUUUCAGAGUUUAAAGUACUAUAUAAAAGGAGAAAUUAAUGUCUAAAGCCUAGCAUUCUUGCAGCAACCCUAUACUAACGUGAAAUUGGGAGAGGGUGGGGCAGAUGAGUAGAGAAAUAGAUGUAAGCCUCAAGCUUCCAAAGCAUUUUUAUAAAUGGAAAAUACUUAAAUUAUGAAACAGCUUGAUAUAGUGUCCUUUUUUUAAAUUCAAAACUUUUUUUUAUUGAUAAUGAAGAUUGCUGUUUGAGUUUUUAAACUUAAUCUAGAACAGAGAAGUAUUAAAAGUAAUGCUAUGCUGCAUUAUUUAAGAUAAUCAGCAAAUUAUUUGAUAGAUUGUUCUUAUGACUUGUAUUCUGAUUACAGAGAAGGAUCAUGAGUGUGGAAUAAAUACUGGAUUAAAUCCUUUA